ACGGGCACGGGCACGGGCACGGGCAUGGCGGGGCUGGAGCUGCUGUCGGACGAGGGCUACCGGGUGGACGGGCGGCGGGCCGGGGAGCUGCGCAAGAUCGAGGCGCGGAUGGGCGUCUUCGCGCAGGCCGACGGCUCGGCCUACAUCGAGCAGGGCAACACCAAGGCGCUGGCCGUGGUGUACGGGCCGCACGAGAUGCGCGGGUUGCGUUCGCGGGCCCUGCCGGACCGGGCGCUGGUCAACUGCCAGUUCAGCAUGGCCACCUUCAGCACCGGCGAGCGGAAGCGGCGUCCGCACGGGGACCGCAAGGCCACGGAGAUGAGCCAGCACCUGCAGCAGACCUUUGAGGACGCCAUCCUCACCCAGCUCUAUCCGCGCUCCCAGAUCGACAUCUACGUGCAGAUCCUGCAGGCCGACGGCGGGAACUACGCCGCGUGCGUCAACGCGGCGACGCUGGCGGUGCUGGACGCGGGGAUCCCGCUGCGGGACUUCGUGUGCGCCAGCUCGGCGGGCUUCGUGGAGGACACGCCCCUGGCCGACCUCAGCUACGUGGAGGAGGCGGCGGGCGGGCCUCAGGUGGCGCUGGCCUUGUUGCCCGGCUCCGGCCAGAUCACCCUCCUGGGGCUGGACGCCCGCGUGCACGAGGAUCACCUGGAACGGGUGCUGGAGGCCGCCACCGCCGCCGCCCGCGACGUCCACACCGUGCUGGACCGCGUGGUGCGCCGACACGUCCGUCAGAUGUCCGCCCUGCUCGGGGAGUGACCCUCUCCCCGCCGGGCCCGCGGGAGGAAAACUCCGGCGUCCUCCUUACCCGCCGCGACUCUCCUUCGGGCGAAGCAGGAUGGCCGGGAGAAACGGCCGGUCCCCGACCCGAGUCCGCACGAGGGAAACGAUUCCGAGGCUGCUGGUUUUAGGCAACGCCCCCGGCCCGCUCUCUGCCCUGCCCGGUGUGUUCCCCCUCUGGGGCUACCCCUUCCCCCAUUUUUCCCCCGUCGAUUUGGGCUCUGGGCCUGUAGAGCGAAGCGGAGAAUAACAGAGGUAGAUUGUAGGCUCUCUGAGGCCAGGACUCCUGCCGGCUAAUCCAGUUCAACCCUGCCAAAUGCUCGGUUCCGUUCCCCGCAGGCGGGUGCUCAAGAAAUGCGACGGGCCUUUUCGUUUUGAGCGUGAGGUGAAACGGGGAGGGGGAUUUAAGGUGGGAGAAGAACGGAGUGGCGAUGGGCUUGAAAGACUAACCCCUCGCUUCCUCUUCUCCCCCUCCUUCCUGCGUCACCUUGGCCUCGGAUUUGCUCCCUUUAUUCGUUCGUUCGAUCGUGUUUUUUGAGCGCCUACUGGGUGCAGA